UCCAACUCCCCCACCCCACUUUCUAUCCUGCUCCAGCAGCAUAAAAUGCCUGUCCCUCCUCUGUUCCCCUUCUUUCUAUCUGUUGUUCUCCUCCCUGCUCUCCUCCAGGCCGACAUCACUUACCCUUAUCAUACACUGCAGCAGAAGCAACUACUUAACCUGCGCCAGCGCUCAUCCGCCGCCGGCAGUGGCGCCGUGGGCACUCUGCCGGCUUCCAAGCGGUACGAGGGGUCCUCCGACCUGGUCGACCUCCGCUACCACAUGGGCCCCGUCCUCUCGUUGCCCAUAAGGCUUUAUUUGAUCUGGUACGGCCGGUGGACCCCCGCCCUCCAGCUCCCAAUCCGGGACUUCCUCCUCUCCCUCUCCGACGCCUCCAUCGCCGCCCCCUCCGCCGCCCAAUGGUGGUCCACCAUCGCCCUCUACGCCGACCAGACCGGCGCCAACGUCUCCCUCUCCCUCUCCAUCGCCGCUGAGGCCUCCGACCCCGCCGCAUCCCGGGGCUACUCCCUUUCCCGCCUAUCCGUCCAGCAUCUCAUCGCCGAUGCCCUCGCCGCCUCAUCCCUCCCCGUCGACCACCGCUGCGGCGUCUACCUCGUCCUGACUGCGCCGGAGAUCGCCAUGCAGGACUUCUGCCGCGCCGUCUGCGGCUUCCACUACUUCACCUUCCCCUCCCUGGUGGGCCACACGCUGCCCUACGCGUGGGUCGGCUACAGCGGGGCCCAGUGCCCGGAGUUGUGCGCGUACCCCUUUGCCGUCCCCGGCUACAUGGCCAGGGGUGGGGUGGGCGCCAUGCGGCCACCGAACGGCGACGUGGGGACGGACGGGAUGGUGAGCGUGGUAGCGCACGAGCUGGCGGAGCUGGCGACGAACCCGCUGGUGAAUGCGUGGUACGCCGGCGGGGACCCCACGGUGCCGACGGAGAUCGCCGACCUCUGCGAGGGGAUUUACGGGACUGGCGGCGGCGGAGGUUACACGGGGCAGGUGAGCAAGGACGGGCAGGGGAGGAGCUACAACAUCAAUGGGAGGGGAGGGAGGAGGUUUCUGGUGCAGUGGGUGUGGAGUCCCCUGCUCAAGGCCUGUGUGGGGCCCAAUGCCAUGGAUUAAACUUGAAUUGGAUUACAUUAGAGUACAUAUUUGUAAUCUGGAUCUACAUCUGUAUAUAUGCAUAUAUAUUACGCACACAUAAAUAUAUAUGUAUAUGUACGCAUGUAUAUGAUAUUCUUUACUUUUCUUUCUUUUGUGGAGUCAUUGGACUUGAUAAUUUAAAUUAUGUAGAUCUAUCUUUACUUGAAUAUGUUUGAAUAUUUUGUAUGGUCACCAGAAAAGAUGGACUUUUGAUUAGCAGAAUUAUGGUUUUAUGUUGGAGCAACGGGGGUUUCUAAUUCUUUGAUGUGGUGAUGGGUGGGAAGACAUCAAAUUUGAUGUCUUUAUCUGUACAUCAAUGAAAUUUGACCAUGGUUGUUGUUAUGUUUCAAUCGAUACAGUGAUGAUGAUA